UUCAAAAAUAAACAGGAUGACAACCAAUAUUCUGACUUCAUGUGAUUCUAAUUCAUCUUAUAAUUUAAUAACUUCUAAUGAUAAAUUCUGUAAUUGGUUUUAUGAUGAAAAAACGUGUUGGCCAAUUGCAAAAGCCAACACCAAUGUAUCCCAACCAUGUCCAAAAGAACAAGGAUUUGACAAAAUGAAGAUGGCCUAUAAAUACUGUACUGAAGAUGGAAGUUGGGAAAAUGUAACGAAUUUAUUUGGAUCAACCGAUUAUAGUAGUUGUUAUACUCCAGAACUAACGGAAAUGCUAGAAAAACUUGGAUCAGACUACGAUACAAAACGAAAAAUUAACAUUGCUAUUAACACUGGAGUAAUUGAAGUAGUCGGGUGCCUUGUAUCGAUUAUUUCAUUGAUCAUAUCAUUAUGCAUUUUCAUCAGGCACAAAGGUUUAUUGGAACAGAGGUUCAAGAUACAUAUGAAUUUAUUUGUUGCUUUAUCAUUACAAAUGUUCAUUAAAUUAAUUUUAAAUAUUGAUAAACUGGACUUAUUUAAAACUAAAAAAUACCGUUCAAAUGUAACUUGUCUUGUGGACUGUAACAACCAAAUACGUUUAGUAAAAGAUGAAGACAAUUGGUUUUUUGGAAUUAUGUACACGCCAAUAAUUUGUGAGGGUAUUCUAGUCAUAUUGGAGUGGUCUAAAACUGCUAGUUUUAUGUGGAUGUACAACGAAGGAGUAUAUCUGUAUAGAAUAAUAAAAUCCAGAGUUUUAAGAAUAAACUCAAUAAAUUUUCGAAUGUAUCUAUUUGGUUGGGGUGUACCAGCUUUGAUGACAUCUGUAUGGUUGUUGGUAACAAUGGUUUACUACAAAAAGUCAUCUAGUGUCUGUUGGUGGGGCUACAGCUUGUUACCAUUUUUUUGGAUUCUUGAAGGACCCCGCUUGAUCAUUAUCGUAGUAAAUUUCAUAAUAUUAAUUAUUGUAUUGAGAGAGUUGUUGAAGAAAAUUAAAUCAAAAUUAUCACCGUCAAACGAGUUGGAUAUCAUAAGAAAAGUAUCCAAAGCAGCCAUAGCUCUUGUCCCUUUACUUGGGAUUACAAACUUUAUAUUAGUUAUAUUACCUGAACCGCAUUCAAAAAGUCCUGAAUUAUUUGCUUUCUGGUCAUAUUCCGCACAUAUAUUACACUCGUUCCAGGGCUUAAUGGUGUCGAUAUUAUAUUGUUUUAUGAAUAAAGAAGAAAGUGUUAACAAAUUCAUUAGUGUAUACAAAGAUGAUGUUGAUGAUUCAAUAAAGUAUGAAAUAGUACAUUUCAAGCAGUUUUGGGAUCAGUUAAAACCAACAUUUGAUGGAAGUGAUGUACUCAAGAUAUUUKAAUGGAUGACUGAAUGUAAUGUUAUUAAUAUUUUCCCUAACAUUCAUGUUGCUUUAAGAAUAUAUCUUACCAUUCCUGUUGCUAAUUGUACUGCAGAGAGAGCAUUUUCGAAGUUGGUUGUCACGCAUAAUCGUGGAUUAGUUGUCCCGAAUAAAUUAAAUGAUAAAUGUCAUCAAACUUAA